AUGGACUUGGACCCUGGGGUGUCCCUGCUUUCGGAGGACAGCCACCCCGGCCGCCUCGUCACUGCGGAGGCAGACUUCGAGCGCCUUCUGGAAGACUCAGUGGAGAUCGAGGAGAACCUCAGCCCGAGCCCCAAAGCGCCCCAGUCGACGCCGGAGCCCGCAGAGCCUGCCGCUGAGCCCGCUGAGCCCACGGCCCCAGAGCCGGCGCCGGCAAUGCCGAAGGCCAUGCUGGAAACACGGCCAAGGCGGGCUCGGGGCGGAAGCGACAUCUUUUCCCAUUCCUCCUCGGCAUGGUUUGUGGGGCUGGUGGUGAAGAAUGCCAACGGCUACCUCACCAUCCGGUUCAUUGACAAUGAGGGCGAGCGCAAAGAGAAGCUUGUGAGCUGCGAAGGAUCCGACGUGGCCUACUUCGGGUCCCACCUUGGCUGGAUCUCGCCCCCUGGGGUGGUGGCAGUGCCCUCGGCUUCCCGCGCCGGGGAGGUCUCCUACUUGGACGCGAGUCUGCGGCAGAAGUUCGCCAGCCCCGAGCUGGCGUGGCAGGCGUUCCUGGAGCACCAGUUGGACAAAGCUCCAAGCUGUGCGCGGUCUCCAGAGGGCCCGCUGUCAAGUAGCCCGGCCUCUGGGGAUAGCCGCUUGCUCUCCAUGGACGGCCGCCUGUCCAUAGAUGGCCGCUUACCCCUGGAGGGCCGUUCUGACAGCCGCUUGCCCAUGGAUGGCCGCCUAUCUGUGGGCGGUCGCUUGUCAGAUGGCCGCAGUUCUGUAGACAGCCGCUCACCCAUGGAUGGGCGCUUCCCAGACGGCCGCUGCUUUGCAGACAGCUUGCCAAAGGAAGGGCGGCUGUUUGUAAACGACCGCUUGCCUACGGACGGGCGCUCGCAAAGGGAUGGCCGCUUGGCAGACUGCCGCUCUCUGGACAGUCGCUUGGCUUUGGACGAUGGGCGCGGCUCUGAGGGGCGCUUUCCUCUGGAUCGACGUAUGCCUUCAGACCGCUAUUCUGUAGAUGGCUACUUGUCCCUGGACGGCCGGCAGCUUCCCGCGGCCGCUCCGGGCCUCGAGGGCCUGGACGAGGAGUUGGCGCGGGCCCGGCAGGCAGCCAUCCAGCGGGUGCGCAUGCGGCGCGGCGCAGCCGCUGCUUUUCUGCAAAAGUGCUGA